CACACUCACAGCUUCAGCUGAACAAAUUCGAGAGUUAUUCGCCAUAAUUCUAACAACAUGUAACCCAUCAAACCCAAAACAGCUAUGGGACUCUUUCAAAAGGAGUAUGAGUGAUGAUAUAUUGUACCAAAUCCGACAAGCUAAUCCAGAACUGACUAUAGAAUUCAAUGACGACAUAUUCAAUGAAACACUCAUUCGUUUAGAAGAUAAAUGUUUAGCAAUAAAUAACCAAGCCUUAGUAGAACUUGGAAUGCCAACACCACAAAGAAAUGCUUUCAAUGUGCUAAACUACGAAAUUACAAAGGAAAAAAGCUAUAACGUCAAUGAACUACUUGAGUACAUUGCUCACAACAAACCACUUCUCAAUGACAAUCAAAAAAAUGUUUACAACGUUAUAAUGAACCGAAUAAAUAAUAACACUGGUGGAAUUAUUUACUUGGACGCACCAGGAGGCACCGGUAAAACGUUUCUAUUAAAUCUACUAUUGGCGGAAAUACGUGCUACAAAACACAUCGCACUGGCACUAGCAUCAUCCGGCAUUGCAUCCACACUUAUGGAAGGAGGACGAACUGCCCAUUCUGCCUUACAACUACCGUUGAAUAUAGCCGAACAACAAUUCCCGGUAUGUAAAAUCUCAGGAAAAUCUGGACGAGGUCAACUUCUAAAACAAGCUAAAAUUAUCAUCUGGGAUGAAUGCACCAUGGCCCAUAAAAAAUCACUAGAAGCCAUGGACAGAACAUUACAAGAAUUGCGAAAAAACUCUGAAAUAAUGGGAGGAGCUCUACUCAUACUCUCAGGAGACUUUCGACAAACACUUCCAGUUAUUCCCAAGUCAACACCAGCAGACGAGAUCAAUGCAUGCUUAAAAAAGUCACAUCUCUGGCCACAAGUACAAAUACUGCAAUUAACAAAAAACAUGAGAGUUGAAUUAUCAAAAGAUGAAACAACAGCAUGUUUUGCUAAAAUACUUUUACAAAUAGGCGAAGGUACAUAUCCUACUGAUCAAACGAGCGGCCUCAUAGAACUCAAUAGUGAUUUCUGUAACGUAGCCACCACUGAAAACGAACUAAUCGACAAAAUUUAUCCAAAUAUUAUUCAGAACUAUACCAACGUAGAGUGGUUAUUUCAAAGAGCGAUUUUGGCCACUAAAAAUAAUAUUGUUGACGAUAUCAAUUUUAAUAUUCUAAAGAAUAUACCUGGUGAAGAGAAAAUAUAUAAAUCAAUCGACACGAUGGUAUCCAUUGAAGAAAGUGUCAACUUCCCUACUGAAUUUCUAAACUCUUUACAAGUACCAGGAAUGCCAUUACACUGCCUUCGUCUGAAAGUUGGAUCUCCAAUCAUACUACUCAGAAAUCUAAACUCCCCAAAACUAUGUAAUGGAACGAGGAUGAUCGUAAAACAGUUAUCGAAUAAUAUCAUUGAAGCUGAACUUAUUUCUGGAAAGUGAAAAGGACACACAGUAUUUAUACCUAGAAUACCACUGAUCUCUUCUGAAUUGCCAUUUCAAUUUAAAAGAUUGCAGUUUCCAAUUAAAUUAGCCUUCAGUUUCACGAUUAACAAAGCGCAAGGGCAAACUUUAAAAUAUUGUGGCAUCAACCUCAAAGAAUCCUGCUUUUCACACGGUCAGCUAUAUGUAGCUUGCUCAAGAGUAGGAAAUUCGAAAAAUUUAUAUAUAUAUACCCCGGAUAAUAAAAUAAAAAAUGUUGUUUAUAAACAAGUAGUGUAAAUGAUGAGAAAAUGUUUUCAAUAAAUUUUUUUACCGUUUACGUCAUAGUUUAUUUUUUUAUUUAAACUACCACGUAAUCUCAUAUCAACUCCCGAGCGAAGCCGGGUAUCAUAGCUAGUUAGUUAAUAAAAACUAACUCGAUGUCAGUUUUGUGACGAAAAUUAAGAAUAAAAUUCGUCUAAAAACCAACUUUUUUCAUAUUCUAAAUAUAGAUUAUAGCUUAUAGUUUAUGUAAUUAACAGAAAAGCAAUUUUUUUUAAAUUUCAUGCUUAAAAUUGUCGUCACAAAACUGACAUCGAGUUAAUUUUUGUUAACAACUUUCACUAAUUUUGGGUCAAAAUUUUGGAAAAUGGCCAAUCAUCUAACUUAGGAUAUGAUAUCCUGCAUAUCAAGAUAAAAUUUAUAUGAAAUUACUUUUGAACUGCAAAAUCGUACAACUUUCUCAUCCGUAAACCUUUACCAGUUGGUGUCAUCAAAAGUAUUUUGUAUUUUAAAUACAUUUUUAGAAACGCUAUAUUUUGUAUUUGGUA